GCCCUUGAGAUGAGGCAGUAUGAGGGUGACAUGAGGGGCAGGGAGGAGAUGUGGCCUGGCUGUGCUCCCAAGGCUGAUAUUAUAGACGUGAAGGGAAGCAAAUAUCCUCCCCCACGUCAGCUGUCUCGAGUAGAAGUGACAGGUCCACAGCCACCUGAAACUCUUGGUGUGAGCCAGGAUAAGGGUGACAUGAGUGGUAGUGGGCCGGGCAGUGAUGUCCCUCAAUGGGGAGCUGCGGGUGGUGUCGCGGCGAUGUCAUGUGCCAGGAUGUGGUGCCUCAUCCUCCAGUGUGGUUGUGUAUUCAGCCAAGAAGAACAAGGACAAGGAAGCACACAGGAGGUGGCUGAAGCUUCUGUGCCUGGAGGACGGCCGGGUGGCAGUCCAUGCUUGUCAGAGGCACUUCCCGGCCGGGGCGCCCACACGCAACAACCCGGACCCCAACCCAAACCUCUUCAACCCAAUUCCCAACCAGUCCUCUGGCAGCAACAGUGCAUCAGGCCUUGACAACACAACCCACAUCCAGCCAUUGUUCAACACUGCAGCGGAUGGAACACCGCUGGGCCCCAAUGGACAGCCCCUUCCGCCUGCCAUCCAGCCCCCGCCUGGCUCCGUCACCAAGCUAGCACCCAAUGCCACCCUCAUUGACCUCAACAAGAUCAAGAAAGAUCAUGACGGAGAGAAGCCGUUCAAAAUUGAGCAAGUCACUGUUCUCAUUGAUGAAACGGACGAUGUCAAGGUAGUGGGCUAUGGGCCAAGGGACCCUCUCAAUCACUCCCCUGUGGAGCGCAUCCCAGGGCGGCUAGGGCGGCCCCGCAAGGCCCAACCACCUCCACCUCCUACCUGGGAUGACGGUGGGGCCACAGAUGGGCUGGAGGAUGUGGCCUCAGAGCCGUCCUUCCCCCAGUUCAGCGACCCGUCCCUGGGCAACACGCUGGAGCAGAUGAGGCAACUCCGCAUCGACUGCAACACUGCGCUUGUGGACAUGGACAAGAGGCAGAUGGUAUAUGCCCACCGUGCCAUCCUGGUGGCCCGCAGUCCUUACUUCUACCGGCAGAUGUAUCUAAGAAGGAAGAAGCUCAAGUAUCUUUACCAGUUCUGUCGCUUCACUUUACCAAUUGAUGUAAAUUUUGAUGUUGUGGAUGCUGUGGUGUCAUACAUGUACACAGGUUCCAUGAGCACCUUAUGGGGCAAGGGGACAGCCUCCAUCAGAAAGGUCCUCAACCUGUUUGAGAUGAAGGAGGGGCUGGAGCUGUAUGACCAGGAGGUGGCUGGGAGGGAGGUGGAAGAAAAGGAGCCUCGUCGCAUCAAAAAACGCAUCCGGAGGGACCCUGAAGAGGAUAACCUGGAGAACUUGGUGAUGCCACUGCUCUCGGAGACUGGUGGGGGGUUGGACGGGGCAGCGGGGGAGGAGGUGUUCCGAGGAGAGGAGAGGCGGAGGAGGAGGAAGGCGCCGGCAGAUCAUGAGAGUGGGGAAGACGUCCAUGGCAAAAUGAAGGUAUCGGUCCAGAAGAUUGUGGACAGUGCGCUGACACCAUUCCUUGGCAAGAUUGAGGAGUUGUUUGACCCUUCAGCCUCAACACUACACAUUGCUCGCACCUCCCAGCACAUCAUUACACUCUGGCAUGCUGACAUCCUACUCACUAAGCUGUUUGACCAGAAUGAUCUGACAAAAUUCUUCUCGGAGGUGAUGAACGAUGUGUUGGAGAAAAACAACCUGAUGCACCAACAGGAGACCGGUGAGAGUGAGGGUUGUGGCUUCACCGUGGAGGUGCUGGUCACCCACACCGGAAACCCCAUGAUAGACGAGGCUUACAACAAGGCUUCCAUUGGAGACUCUUUCAUGCAGGAGGUGGAGACCAUAACACUAGGGGACAUGCAAAUCAUCAACUACCACCAGAUUGAUCCACAGCACAUCUCAAAGUAUGUCCACAUGAUAGCAAUGUACCGAUAUAGGAUACGCAUGGAGAAGAAGGCUGGAGGGCGUUCAGAUGGAGGGGGUGGAGGCGCAGGGGCUGGGAGCAAGGACACUCUCAUGCCUCCCCUCCUUGAAGGUGAUGUGUUACCUGACGACUCGUCCACACCUCAGGACCUUGACGACCUUGUGAACAGGAUGGCAGGAGGGGGUGAUGACCUUCUCACAGGGUCAAGCAGUGCACUGACCCGAGCAUGCUUCCAGCAGGUCAGCACAGAUUUGAAGCGCAGGGCCGUGUCUGACCUUGAGCUUUAUGUGAACCCGUCAUUCCACGAGGAGCUCAUCAUGCACAUCAUGGUGGACCAGGUGGAGGAGCGGGGAACCCUCCCUCUGUGCCUUGCCGUGUUCCUAGCCAAAGGAUGUAACUUCUGCCGCAAGAAGGAAUGCAAAGGGGAAGACCUCACACUCCCCAUCAGCCCUGAUAAUCCCGUCUGCCCUGACCGACAGUGCAUCAAACGGAACCUCAUAUGUGAGCUGUGCAACAAACAGAUGUCCAACUCCAAGUCUCUGGCAAGACACAAGUACAGUCUGCACGACAUACAGGUUGGAGACACUGGUGGGAUCUUCAUCUGUAGUCACUGCGGGGAGACGUUCAGCAAGAAGUGGAAGCUGAACAUGCACGAGAGGCAGCACGAGGACCGCAAGCUGGAGGUGGCAUGUCAGAUCUGUGGAAAGGUAAUGCGUGGUGCCAUGGCCCUCAAGAAACACGUCAACAUGGUCCAUGAGACUAAGCCACAGUACCAUUGUGAAUUUUGCAACAAAAGUUUUAAGCGUAAAGAGACCCUCAAUGUCCACGUCCGCAUCCACACUGGUGAGAAGCCAUUCUCGUGCCCACGGUGUGACUAUGCCUCAGAGACCAAGGGUAACCUGAAGGCCCACAUGUGGCGGAAACACAAGAUGCAACUUGGCACCCAAGCUUCAGACCAACAGCAGGUGGCCGAUGAACAGGCAAUGGCAGCAAGCUUGGUGGCCCAUGCCCACCCUCUUGGUGAUGGUUCCUUCAUCAUUGCUCAAGGGAACACAACUCCUGGCACCAUCCUUAGAGCUGGUGUGGAAGACCGUAUGUCACCUGGCCACCAGUACUAAGAGAGGGAAGGCAUGUGAGGGACAGUGACUGGUAGUGUGAAGCAGAGUCAUUUACUGCUGUCACACAGGCAAGGACAGAGUUUGUUGAUCUGGGGUGUAAAUAAACCCGACUCUUUCCUUCCAGUGAAAUAAUGACGUCAAGCUGUAAGCUACAAUGUAUUGCCAAUGACAAGACUGAACAUUCAUUAAAGUCCUGUACUUUUAUUCAGGGAGAAAUAUUUAUUUUCAUUUAUCAUUUUAUAUGAAAUGUACACAGCAGUGACCUGAUUGUGAGUGAUAUGCAUGCAUAUGAAGCAUGUUUACCAUUGUAAAUAUUCAUAAUUGUGAAAGUUACUUGUAGAUAUGUAUGUCAUAUUUAUUACUGCAAUGCCUUGUAAAAUUAUUGAAAUUAUAUAUAUUUUUAAUAUACA